GCUGAUAACUUGAACACUAGUACUCUGGAUAUUCAAAUUUUGUAUCUGCUGUUGAUGUUUUGCAGCCCGGCUGUGUUACUAGUUACUGAGUAUGAGGGAAUCCAUGCCAUGUGCCACACUAGACUGUCACGGUAAUGCUGGCGUUCAGAAUCAGUACUUGUUACUAUCGACACUCUCAUCAUACGUUCUCAUAACUAUAGCUAUGGCAUCUUCAAAAAGCGGCAUGCAAGAUGUUUCUCUUCUGGAGCACGUUGCCAAAGCACAGUGCUUGAAUGAGCAAGACGAACACACGUUGCAAUCCAUACUUUCUUUGAGAGCACGAAACACAUCGCCUUCAUAUCUUGACAGUGAUGCAGAUGCAGAGUUGCUAUUGAACAUCGAGUUCAACCAGGCAGUUCGUGUACGAUCACUGGUCCUUCAGGCUCAGGAACGAGGACCGGAGAAACUCAGGCUUCGCAUCAACUGCUCCGCUAUUGACUUCACCAAUUUUGAGGACUCGGAGGAUACCCAAGUUAUCGAGUUAAAGGCAGAUCAGGUAUCGAAAGAGGGAACAACAAAGUUCAUUCCACUUCAUCCUACAAAGUUCAACCAUGUGAACUCGCUUCAUGUCCUCAUCAACUCUGAACACGACAAUACCAGGAUCGAUGUACUCGAUAUCUUGGGUACGCUUGUCCACGCAACAAAGAAUCUUAGCGGACUUGCACAACAAGAAGACUAAAAUAUUACUGGUUUACGCUUCGCAAUUUUGCGACUUUCGAGGCAAUAAUAGAGACUCAGUGCGUACUGAUACUACUACUGGUACGCUGGACUUUCAUUUCCCGUCAAUCUGAAGCCGCAUACUCCACCUU